AUGAAGGAUAAGAAGAUUGCUAUAUUAUAUGGGUCCGAGACUGGAAAUGCGCAAGAUUUUGCGAACAUUUUGUCUCAUAAGUUGAAAAGGUUGCAUUUUCCUCAUACUUUGACUAACAUCGGUGACUACAAUCCAAAGAGUAUCCUCAAAUGCAAAUAUAUGUUUAUCAUAUGUUCCACAACUGGUCAGGGGGAACUACCACGAAAUGCGCGGGAAAAUUAUAAAGGUCAUAGUCAGGGGACUCUAUGGCAGUUCAUGAAGAAGAAGAAUUUACCAAGUAACUUUUUGGACCAUUUAAAUGUUGCUCUAUUAGGGUUGGGAGACUCGUCGUACCCUAGAUUUAAUUUUGGUAUUAGAAAACUUCAUGAGCGUAUGGUAAACCAGCUUGGUGCAAUUGAGAUUUUCCCUCGUCUUGAAGCUGAUGAGCUAGGACUGGCCGGAAGUAAUAAGAAUACAGGAAAUGGAAGCGAAUCUGUAUAUUUUGAGUUUGAGAAAAAGGUACUUAGUUACUUGACCGAAAAAUAUCCAACUCGAGUGCAUGAUGGUAAAGUAGUACCUCGAGUUAUGGUUGACCAGGACGUUUACUUAAAACCAAGCAAUAUAUUAGAAAUUACAGAUGAUAAUGGAAGUAACAAGAAAGUAGAAUCUGAAAACAAUAUUCGUUUCGUCGGAGACGAAAGUAUAAGGAAAGGAACAGUUAAGUUAAACAAACAAAUUACAGCCCCAGAUCAUUUCCAAGAUGUACGUCAAUUUGUUUUCGAGACAGAGCACCAUGAAUCAUAUCAACCUGGAGACACAGUCUGUUUGUACCCUGAAAAUCUAGAUUCUGAUGUACAGGCAUUUCUUGAUGCACAAUCUUGUUGGAAAGAUGUUGCUGAUAAACCAUUGACAAUUACAAACCUGGAGACAUGCGAACUUUUCAAAGAUGGAGGUCUGGUUGAACCAUUGACCCUCAGAACGCUACUGAAAUACCAUCUUGAUAUCAUGAGCAUACCAAGACCAAGCUUCUUCAUGAAGAUAUGGACAUUUGCUACUGACUUAGAACGUUUAUCUUUCGAUAAGGAGCAACUAGAACAGCAGAGGGAAAAGCUAAGACAAUUUGGUUACGAUGAAGAUCUUCAAGAUCUCUAUGAUUAUUGCAAUAGACCAAGACGAUCUAUCUUAGAAGUUGUUCAAGAUUUUGAAUCUUUGAAACUACCAUGGGAAUUUGUAUUAGAUUUCAUUCCUAUUAUGAAGCCCCGGUUUUAUUCCAUAUCCAGCAAACCUUCAGAUCACAAUAUUGAACUAACUAUUGCUGUUGUGCGUUAUAAAACAAUUUUAAGAAGAAUUAGAAAGGGUGUGCUAACUAACUUUUUAAUCUCAUUAUCAGAAAAUGAAACUAUUCGUUAUAAACUCCAGCAUAACAAUUUGAUUCAUGAUGAUAUCAUUGGAAAGCCAAUAAUCAUGAUAUCUCCAGGCGUUGGUCUCGCACCAAUGAGAAGUCUAAUAAAAUCAGAAAUCUUUAAUGAGCUAUACUUGUUUUUUGGUAACAGAAUGAAAAAUAAAGACUACCUAUAUGGAGAUGAGUUGUCAAGGUGGAAUGAAGAGGGCAAAAUAAAGCUCUUCACCUGCUUUUCUAGAGAUCCAGUGAACUCUCCAGAUGCGAAAUAUGUUCAGGAUCAAAUGUGGAAUCACUCAGAAUUAUUAGCUAAUUUAAUUCUGAACAAAUCAGCAGUUAUAUAUAUAUGCGGCUCAUCAGGUAAAAUGCCAGUCCAAGUUAGAUUGACAAUUUUAGAAAUAUUGAAGAAGCACGGGGAUUUCAAAAAUGACGAUGAUGCAGAGCAUUAUCUCAAGGAAAUGGAAAAAACAGAUAGAUAUAUGCAGGAGACCUGGUAG